UGGGUGGCUCUGAGGGUGUGGGUACUGCUUUAGCUCAGCCCCUUUUGGGGUGUUACAGGCAAACCUGUGGGUGCAAAGGUGAGGCUUCUGUGGAUGAGGUGGAAUGUUUCCAUGCUGCCCAACUGAGGGUUUCCAGGCUCCUGUCUCUAGAGUGGUGGGGCUGGCUGAGGGGCCGGGUGCGGUGGCACAAGGGCUGGGCACGUGGGUGAAACUGAGGGGGUAAAACAGCAAAGGGAAGGGAAACGUGUUAUCCUGGUGGCUGGAAAAUCUGGAAUCCAGCAAGGAAUGUGCUGGGAGUGGAGAACCUGUUGUGCAGAUGCUGCUACCAGAGGGACCUAGAGAGAAGUGGGUAUUUGGGCGGCUAAUCAUGGGGCAAGAGAGGAAAAUAGAAGUAAAAUAACACAAAGAAGUGAAAGCCAUGAAAAAAACCUACUUUAAGUGACCAGGUGGUGAGUGAGGAGCUGGUGGAGGCUCUGAGGGGGGCAGCCAGGGCAAAGGAGGGCAGGGUCUGCAGGAUGCACCAGGGCAGAGCCUGGAUCUUCCAGAUGUGUUGGGAAAGAUGGGAGGAGAGAUUGCACCAAAACCAAACUUUGGAGUGGGAGGAGAAAUUAUGAAAGAACCCCAAAUUUCACAACCCAAAGUAUCAGGGACAGCAGCCACCAGUGCUGGCCCCAGGUGCAUCUGUCCUGCGGUGUUGGAGAGGGGGAGGUGGGGGAGCGGGCUGCGAGCCCGGACAUGCCACUGGCAGAGGGGACAGUGCCAAGUGUGUCUGUGUGACCCCACGUGGGAGAAGGAUGGGCAGGUGAGGGUCUGCAUCGGGAAAUGAGCCCGAGGGACCCGAGCCUGGCCCAAAGGGCUGGACUUGAAAACUGAAGGUUAUUAAGGCCUGGAGGAGGGUUUGGUUCCCAGGAGCAGCACUGCAGAGGGACCCUGAGCGUGGUGGGUGCCAGCCCGUGGGUGCAGCCACAGGUCGGAGGUCCGUGCCAGGCAGGAGGAGCUGGAGGCGCUGCGAGUGUCGGCGCUGGUUCGGGAGACUCUGCCGUGCUCGGGGCUCUGCGUGCCCCGGCGCUGGCAGCGGCGCUGGCAGGACCUGGCCCUGUCCCCGCGGUGCUCCCGGGCCUGUCCGGGUGCCGGGGCCCGGCGGGCAGCGGCUCCCCCGGAGGCUGGCGGCGCUCUGCUUUCCGCGCUGCCGGGAGUUUCCCUGGGAGCUGAAAUGCACGGCCCCACCUCGCUUGCCAGUGUGUUGGGAAAUGGUGUUUCCAGCUGCCUUGGCAAGGCCCGAGGGUGAACAGGGAAGUGAGAGCGGGAAGUGAAGCCGCCUGUGCCCUGUUCCCGCUUCCCUGUGCGCUGUUGGUGCAGCUGCAGCUCCGGAGCGCCUCGGCCGCAAUCUCCUGCGUCGUGUCCCGGGGCUCGUGUGUCCGAUGGAAACAAGUGCAGAGAGCCAUGACGGUGUAGGCCGGCGGCGAGAGAUGGAUCGGUUCAGUGAGUGCGGGACGCAGACGGACGCCGUGGUGGUGCUGUCCCUGGCGCAGGCCGCCGUCCUGGGCCUGGUGUCCGACAAUGAGCUGCUCGGGGCCACCGUCACCCCUGCCGGCUUCUUCCCGGGGCUGGCCGGGGAGCAGCAGGACAGUGCCGCCAUGGAGCCCGGGGAGCCCGACGGUGAGGAGCAGGCGCCUGGGGACGGGCAGGACGAGGACACCCUGGAGGCAGACUCCUCCCUGGAGAAGCAUGCCCGGAGGAGGAAAAGGCCACCUGUGAGGCUGAUGCCCAAGGUCAAGAGCGAGAAGGCAGAGGUGGAGGCCGAGCCACUGUACGACGUGUCUGUCCCCGGGGACAAGGAGGGCGAGGGGCCGUGCGGCCACGCGCCCCAGCCGCCGGAGCCCAGCCAGGAGCCGGCGGUGCAGAGCGGUGCCGUGAAGAUGAUCGAGCUGGGCACCUUCAGCAGGAAGCCCCGGCGCCUGCGGCAUCUGCGCCGGCACCGGGAACCGGAGGGCACCGAGCGCCGGCGCAGGGGCGGGGACCCGGCCAGCGGCACCGUGGGCGCCCCACACACCGUGGGCGCCUUCGAGGCGGCUGCCCCGUCCCCUGGUGAGGCGGAGGCCCCUGCGCCGCCAUCCCCCGAGCAGGUGAAGAGCGAGCAGGGCUGUGGCUGGCAGGAGCCGGGGGAGCUGGAGGCGGCCGGCGGCACCAGCGAGCACAGCAGGAAGGCGCAGCUGGACCGGCUGGACAUCAACGUGCAGAUCGACGACUCGUACCUGGUGGAGGCGGGGGACCGCCAGAAGCGCUGGCAGUGCCGCAUGUGCGAGAAGUCCUACACCUCCAAGUACAACCUGGUGACCCACAUCCUGGGCCACAACGGCAUCAAGCCCCACUCCUGCCCACACUGCAACAAGCUGUUCAAGCAGCCCAGCCACCUGCAGACCCACCUGCUGACCCACCAGGGCACACGGCCCCACAAGUGCGGGGUGUGCAGCAAAGCCUUCACUCAGACCAGCCACCUGAAGCGGCACAUGCUGCUGCACACCGACAUCAAGCCCUACAGCUGCCGCUUCUGCGGCCGCGGCUUCGCCUACCCCAGCGAGCUGAAGGCGCACGAGGUGAAGCACGAGAGCGGGCGCUGCCACGUCUGCGUGGAGUGCGGGCUGGACUUCUCCACGCUCACCCAGCUGAAGCGGCACCUGGCCACGCACCAGGGCCCCACGCUCUACCAGUGCCUGGAGUGCAGCAAGUCCUUCCACUACCGCAGCCAGCUGCAGAACCACAUGCUGAAACACCAGAACGUCCGGCCCUUUGUCUGCACCGAGUGUGGGAUGGAGUUCAGCCAGAUCCACCACCUCAAGCAGCACUCGCUCACGCACAAGGGCGUGAAGGAGUUCAAGUGCGAGGUGUGCGGGCGGGAGUUCACGCUCCAGGCCAACAUGAAGCGGCACAUGCUGAUCCACACCAGUGUCCGGCCCUACCAGUGCCACAUCUGCUUCAAGACCUUCGUGCAGAAGCAGACGCUCAAGACCCACAUGAUCGUGCACUCGCCGGUGAAGCCGUUCAAGUGCAAGGUCUGCGGGAAGUCCUUCAACCGCAUGUACAACCUGCUGGGGCACAUGCACCUGCACGCCGGCAGCAAGCCCUUCAAGUGUCCCUACUGCUCCAGCAAGUUCAACCUGAAGGGCAACCUCAGCCGGCACAUGAAGGUCAAGCACGGGGUGAUGGACAUCAGCCUGGACAGCCAAGAUGCCAUGAUGGAGCUGGCUGGGGCUGAUCACACCGAGCUGGACAGCCAGCAGGAGAUGGACGACUUCGAGGAGGAGAACUCUUACGGCUACGGGGCUGUGGCCAACCCCCCGGAUGAGCACACACUGGCCGAGCAGGCCAUGAAGGAGAUGGCCUACUACAACAUGUUGUAGCCAAGGCUGGUGGGGCUGUGGGGGCUUGGUGGGGUUAAGAGGGGCUGCAGCACCCAGGCAGGCCCCCCAGAGCUGGAGGGAUGGCGUCCACUGGGCUUGGGGAACACAGGGAUGUCCAGAAGACUUUGCUGGACCUGUCUUGGCUCUGCUGCUGGCCCCCUGCCCCUGCCUGCACCCUGCACUUGGUGACUUGAAGCUGCAGACAGGGCAGGCAUGACCCAGUAGAUCACUGAGUAAGGAUGAAGGGGGCUGCUGUAGAGCAAGAUGAUGAGCAUCACUAAUUAUUCUACCUCCUGGGUCCCCCCCCUGCUGCACAGGGUUCCCUCUGAUGGGCAGAAGCCCCUGCCCACACGAGCAGGUGGGUUUGCAUUUCCCACUCACCCCGGGGCUCCCUGUGUCAGGCCCUGGGACACAGAAUAGAGUAUUUUCAUAGAAGCUCAGGGCACAGUCCGUGCCCACAGCUCCAGGGCUGGAGCUGCAGCCAGCGGUGGAUCCGGGGGAGGCAAACCCAGCCCAGCCCCAGCAAAUGAUGGUAUUUUGAAAGUAAUUUAUUUUUUUCAGAUGUGCCGCGUGGUUGGAUUUAUCUUUUCACCGAGUUCAGUUCCCUUCAACCAAUGUGCUUUGUAAACCCGUGUAAGCUGUGUGGUCUGUGUGGGGAGAGGGGGUUGUGAGGGGCUGAGGACCAGGGUGGGGUUCUGGGCAGAGCCCCCCACUAAGGAACUGGCACCUCCUCCUUGCCCCCCAGCUGCUCUGGGGCUGGAGGAAAAGGCUCUCACUGGGGCAGCCUGAGGUGAGGGUUUGCCUCCUCCCUGCCCAGGGAUUUGGCAGGGAAGCAGCUGGGGCAGUGCUGGGUCUGGGACCACUCUUCGGCCUCUUCACUCUCUGCUGAGGGGCAGAGGACUCGCAGGACACACUGCACUGCCCCCCAAGUGUACCCAGAGCUGGGUCGGGUCCUGGCAGGCAUCAGGACCUGGGGACCAGCCAGGGCACAGGGCCUGGGACACCCGUGCUGACCCCACACACACCCUGCGCCCUGUGUCAGUGGCUGUGUUCCCUGAGGCAGGGCACCAUCUGCCCCAUCCCCAAAAGCCCUGGGGUGGUUCUGGGUGUGGCACCACUCGGUGCCCCACAAGGCAGUGCCUACUACCCCUGCCACCCACUGUUUCCCCCCACUAUCAGCCAGCCUUGGGGCAGGACGGAGAUGGCCACAGCCUUGGCCAGCCCUGACCCUGCCUCAGCAGGGCAGGGCUGUUGAAUCCCCAUAUGCUACCUUCAGGCCAAUGCCAGAAUCUGGAGUGCACUGCUCCCCCGGGCUGGCAAGGCUGAGCUGAGGGGUCUGGCUGCCCCCUGUGCCCAUGCUGUGAGGCUGUGCCAGAUGAUGUGCCAUGGCUGGGGAGAUAUUUAAUGGCACCACACGGUUAUGGGGUACAUGAAUCAGGG